AAAAAAAAAAUUUUUUUUUAAAAGGGGGGUGACGAAAAAAGAAGAAAAAUUUAGAAAAAAUAACAAAAAUAAGACAAGAAAAAAGAGAAGGAAGGGAAAGACAGAAAGGAAGAUCGGAAGAUCAAACUCAUCAAAGUAAGGGUUUAUAUAAAAACAAAAACGUAUCAUAAAAAUUAUUUUCUAAAAAUAUUAAGUUUAAAAAUUCUCUAUACUUUAAAAAUUCCGUAUACAUUCCGUAUGACCGUAUACAUUUCGUAUACAUUAGUUUUUUUAAAAAAUGUUCAAAAAUGAAUUGCUUAUUAAAUAUACGGGAAUUUGUAUACGGAAUCUAUAAAAACGUACAUAAAAAUGGACUCAUUGCCACUUUUAUUUGA